GGGGAGGAGGAGGAGGAGGAGGAGGAGGAGGAGGACUGGGAGGAGCAGGAGAAGGAGCGGGACGAGGAGUGGGAGAAGGAGCGCGGAAGGAGCUAUGGCGCGGGAAGAGGAGCGGAAGAAGGAGGGGGAAGAGCAACGGGGGGAGGAGCAGGAGAAGCAGCGGGAUAAGGAGCAGGAGGAGUGGAAGGAGCAGCAAGAGGGGGAGAGAAAGGAGAGGGAGGAGAGGGAGAAGGAGAGGGAGGAGGAGCGAGAGAAGGAGCGGGAGCGGGGCUAUGGCAGGAUCUUUGUCACGUUGUUUGGCGGAGGAGGAGCGGCAGGAGGAGGACUCCUGAAGGAGGAGUGGGAGGAGCGGGAGAAGGGACGGGAGGAGGAGUGGGAGAAGGAGCGGGAGAAGGAGCGGGAGAAGGAAAACGGAAAAGGGCGUAGGAGGUGCGGGUGGAGGAGCGGGAGGAGGAGUGGGAGGAGGAGCGGCAGGGAAAACGGGGAGGCGGUUAGGAGCGGGACAAGCGCAAGGAGGAGGAGCGGGAGAAGGAGCGUAAGAGUUAAAAGGGGGGGAGGGGGGAAGGUGGACAUUGAUUGAUUGCUUGAUUGAUUGAUUGAUCGAUCAACAAAAAAAAAAAAAUGAUUGCCCCAUUUUCCUUUUUUGUUUUUGUUUUUCAAUCAAUCAAAUCAACCACG